AUGGCGAUCUCACAGAUGCUUACCAUGGCUGCUAUUGCCACUGGUGCCGUGGCUCAACUGAAGACCUGCUCCAACAAUGGCACUUUCAGCUGCCAGAGCUCAUCCAAGUCACCAACCUGCUGCUUCAACUACCCCGGUGGUGCUCUUCUGCAGACUCAGUUCUGGGAUACUGACCCUGCCACUGGCCCGGAUGAUUCGUGGACCAUCCACGGUCUGUGGCCUGACAACUGCGAUGGUACCUAUCAGUCCAGCUGCGACUCCUCGCGCGAAUACACCAACAUCACUGAGAUCCUGAAGUCUCAAGACCGUUCCGAUUUGGUGACAUACAUGGAUAAGUACUGGGUCAGUAACUCUGGUAGUGCCGAGAGUUUCUGGGAGCACGAAUGGGGCAAGCAUGGUACUUGCAUCAACACUAUCAAACCAAGCUGCUACAGCGACUACUCGCCCCAGGAAGAAGUUGGUGACUUCUUCCAGAAGGUCGUGGACCUCUUCAAGACCCUGGACACAUACAAGGCUCUUGAAUCUGCUGGUAUCACCCCUGAUGACUCUAAGACCUACGAGCUCAGCGAUAUCCAGUCAGCCCUGGCUAAGAUCCACGGAAACGCAACACCUUACCUUGGCUGUGAUUCCGACUCGCUGAGCGAGGUGUGGUACUUCUUCAACGUGGCUGGCAAUGCCAUUGAUGGCCAAUACAAGGCAACUGAUACUCUUUCCAAGACAAGCUGCCCCAGCAGCGGCAUCAAGUACUUGCCCAAGAGCAGCAGUUAA